AUGCAGGCGCGCCUGCGCGGCGCCGCGGGCCGCGUCGGCCCCGCGCUGACGUCGGCGCUGCUGUCCCUCGGCUGCGACGAGGUCGGGGCGCGCCUGGGCGACGGCUCCGAGCAGCUGACGCCCGGCGCGGGCUCCGAGGUGCUCGCCGUGUCGGCCCUCAUGGCCGGCGCGCUCGCGGCGCUGCGCGGCGCCGCCGGCGGGGCGGGCGCCGCGGCGCGGGAGGAAGUCGAGGAGGCGGCGCGGCUGGUGGAGGCGCUGCAGCGCGAGGUGGAGGCGGCCCUGCAGGCCAAGCCCGCGGCGGCCGCCGAGGGCGAGGGCGCGGAGGCGGCCGAGGCGGCGGCGCCGGGCCCGCCGCCGUCGCUGGCGCCGCUGCGCGAGCUGGCCGCGCGGAUCGCGGCGCUGCCGGCGCCCGGCGGCGACGGCGCCGGGGAGGAGGGGGAGGGCGCGGAGGGUCUGCUGGCUGAGAUGAGGAACGACAUCGGCGUGAGGGUGUCGGAGUCGACCGCCGCGCUGGGCGCGCGCGCGGACGCGGCGGUGUCUGCCAUGCGCGACCGCGAGCGCGCCGCGCGCGUGCUGCGGCGCGGGCAGCUCAUCAUCGCCGACGACGCGUCGCUCGACGCCGCCGCGGCGGGCGAGCGGCCGUCGUCGCCGAUCAAGCGGCUCGCCUACGCGGAGGCCUACCUCAAGCAGCUGGGCGGCCGCUCCCUCGGGGGCGCCCUGCCCGACGCGACCGCCUUCCUGUCCGGCGUCGGCGGGCCGGCCGGCAUCGGCGGCGGCCUGGACCUGGACCCCGCCGGCGCGGAAGGCGCCGCGCAGCUGCAGACGCUGCUGGACGAGAUGUCGCUGAUCGAUGACGUCAUCAAGCUGGAGCUGGGGCCCGACACGGCGGGCGCGCUGACGAGGAUAACCGCCUACCUCGACGCCCGCGACGCGGCCGCCGAGGCCGAGGCCGAGGCGGCGGGCGGCGGCGACGCGGGGGCAGAGGGCGGCGCCGUGGCGGCCGCGGUGGUGGCGGUGACGCCGCGGCUGGAUAAGGAGCGCGAGGCGGCGAACAAGUGCCGCGAGGCGAUCGCGCAGCUGGCUGAGGAUCCGCUGGUGCAGCUGGGGCUGUCGACGGCGCAGUACCGCGUGCUGGCGGCGCUGAGGGAGGCGGCGGCCGCGGUGCGCGGCGGCGCGGCCGACGCGGGCGCGUACGAGCGCGGCGUGGGGGCGCUGAGGCAGGUGGCGUCGCAGCUGGGGGACAUCGGGGCCGCCAUACAGGUCAAGGUGGCUGCCACGGGUGAUGACGCCCUGAGGGGGGUGCUGGUGGCCCAGAAGGAGCGCGCGGUGGACCUCUACCAGCGCCUGCAGGCGUUCCUGUCGUACGAGGACAACACGCGGGCCCCCGCGCUGGCUGCGGUGCGCGCGCUCAAGGCCAGCGCCGACGCGGCCGUGGCCGAGGGCUCCAGCGCGGCCGCGGUGCAGGCGGCGCUCGCCAAGGCGGAGGCGGCUGAGCAGCAGGUGGCGUCCCUCUACACUCUGCUCGAGAAGCUGCCCUCCCCCUCCUCCGGCGGCGCCGCCCCCGACGCCGGCUCCAGCGCCGACCACGCGGCCGCCGUCGCAGAGGCCACCGCGGCCCUCAACGCCAUCGGGGACGCCGCCGGGAAGCUGCGCGCCGAGCUGGCGGGCUACGCGGCCUACGCCACCCUGAGGGAGCGCGCCCUCGCGACGCUCGCGCGCGCGUCGGGCGCCGCAGGGGCGCCGGCGCUGCCGGAGGCUGCGGGCGGCGACAAGGGCGGCGUCGUGGCGCCCCUGGCUGAGCUGGAGCCAGAGCUCAACGCGCCGCUGCGCUCACUGCCCGAGGUGGAGGAGGACGAGCUGGCAGGCUGGGAGGCCGCCGGAUUCCGCGCCAUCGCGCGCGGCCAGGUGGCCGCCGUGCUCGUUGCCACCGGCCUCGUGCCCGGCGCCGCCGCCGCCGCCGCCGCCGGCGACGCGCCCGCGGCGCGCGCGACCGAGCCUGCCGCGGGGCUGCCGUCCGGCAAGGCCCCACUGCAGCUGUACGCGGAGCGCAUCCUGCGGCUGCAGCGCCUGGCCGCGGCGGCGGCGCACGGCGCCAACGCGCCUGUGGCGCGGCCGAUCCAGUUUGUCAUCAUGACGUCACCCGACACGCACGCCCAGGCGCUCGCUUAG